CUACGCCCCCAUUCCCAUACGUAUACACGCUGCCAUGGACGAGGAGGAAAGUUUCGCAAACCUCAUAUCCUCCACAGCCCUCCCAGCGCGCCCUUCCUGGGAUGCCCCUUCCACAUCUCCCUCCCACGACGCAGACCCGUGGGCAAACCCAUUCUCAGCCGAUACCACCACCUUGCCCACCUCUUUUUCAUCGUCUGCUCUGCUUUCUUCCUCGCCCAAACGCACCACUGUAUCCCCCUACGUUGCACAGCUUGAAAGGGAGGCCACUGCACGGCCUUUUCCCGAUCCGCCCUCUGUCAUCGCCGCAAGGGAACAAGAGCUCGUCCAGAAGGCAGAGGAUUUGGCGAAACACCGAAGUGUGUACGCGAGCAGUGCUUUUGCCUCACCUUUCGAGUCCCCUGCCGUCAAUUCAGGGCCAGCAGCAGAUGAUCCGUUCGGUAACCCCUUUGCACAACCCUCCGCAGGCCAAGAAAGGGAUCCAGCCACCGUACUUUUUCCGCCGGGGGCGAUUGAUGCGUCUUUACCCCCAGCUACCUCUGGCCAGACGGAGGAGCAGGGCCUAGAGAUUCUCAAGGAUCUCAUCGACGAUGGUCUGACGGAAGACGGUGAUUCAGGGAGAAGCCUUAAAAGAGCUUUUAAAAAAAGUGCACAAGUGCCCCGAGAAAAGCACGAACUCGGAUCUGAACGCUCCAAGGCGUAUGUCUUCAGUCCGAAGAAGAAAGGCUCCAACGAAGAGGCAAAACAGAGACUAUUAAAUGAUGAUAUGGAAGCGGAUAAAGUGGUGAAAGGGGCUGAGGAGUUGCCGCUUUCCCGUGAGAAUGCCUUGGAUAAGGACCGGGAGAAGGAAGGCUUGGAUCAACAUCAACUUCAAGCCUAUACAGAGACUUCCACAAACGCUCCGUCACCCACUACUCCCAAGGCAAACACUCCAACGCCCCGUUCUCCUGCGUCGGUGCCUCUUCCAAUCUCUACUGUUACUACCCCUACUGCCACUCGGCAAUCCACGCCAGUGCCUUCCACAGAAAACUCGCCUGAUCAUGCAAAAGAACAGAUAAAGGCAGGGAAAGAAAAGGACAACGCAUCCACUGUGACUUUGUCAACUCCUCGAUCGAACGGCAUGUCUGUAUCGCCCCUUGAUGCCUCUUCCAUUGAAGAACCUUACAAGAAUUUGUCCAUUGGCGGCUCUGCCCCUGAGCAAAUACACUCCAGUAGAGACACUUGGAAUACACCGCAGCCAGGGGAAUCUCAACCUUCUGUAAGCACGACCACGACCAGAUUUGGAGGCAGGGGCUGGGGUGCCUUGGAUGAGGAUGACAAUGAUGGUUUGUUUGGCAAAAGUACACUAGGUAUGGCAUCGGGAUCUGUAACAGGAGCCAUGACAUCAUGGGGUGAAGGAGAAGAAAGCGGUUGGGGUGAACCGGGACUCGCGAGUUUAGAUGAGAAUACUACCUUUCCCUUUGACGAUGGGUCAGAUGAACCGGCCUCAUCCCAACCAAAACUGGAGCCUAAACCUCCAUAUGCCUCCUCCGUUUCCUCCGAUUCUGUCCCUUUCGCAACCCCACCCACGAAGCGCUCCACACUUCCAUAUUUCCAGAUAUCAGUUUCCGAUCCUACACGCGUAGGUGACGCAGUUCGAGGGUACACUGUCUACACCAUUCGUACCCGCACUUCAUCCCCACAUUACCAGCAAUCUACAUUCUCUUGUCUCCGCCGAUUCUCUGAUUUCCUUUGGCUAUUCGAACAGCUCAGUCACAACAAUCCGGGGGUCAUCGUACCACCAAUGCCAGAUAAACAUUCUUGGGGGAGGUUUGAGGACCAGUUUGUCGAAACAAGGCGCUUGGCAUUGGAAAAAUGCUUGAAGAAGAUUACCAGUAACCCAAUCCUCCAACUCGACCCCGAUCUCCGCCUUUUCUUAGAAAGUGACAACUUUGCGUACGAGUCCAAAGAACGUAAACACCAGAUUGCUGCUCAGACCUCAUCGACUGAGAAAGGAGGACUAUUGGCGGGGUGGACUAGUACAAAGUUUGUCGAACAAGAUGAUUGGUUCAAUAGCCGUAGAGCUUUUCUCGAGGCCCUCGAAAGCCAACUCAAAUCUCUUGCCAAAGCCAUCGAGAUUUCUUCAAAACAUCGUGUCGAGGUUGCUAUUUCUCUGGCCGAUUAUGCUGAGUCUCUCACUGCUUUAGCUGAAUCUGAUCUCGGUGCCUCUCUCUCCGCCGCCCUUUCACAAAUGUCAGGCCUUGUUGCUCGUGAAGGAGAUUAUGCAGAGUGGCAUGCAAAGUCCGAAGUAGGGGAGUUACUUAAUCUCGCCGACGAGUAUAUUCGUUUCAUAGGGUCAGUGAGAAGCGCUUUUGCAGCCAGGGUAGACAGCUGGAAAGUGUGGCAAGAAAAGGAUAAGGAGGUAGCCAGGAUGAAGACAGCAAGAGAAAAGGCUAGGAUAUCGGGGAAGUUGGGUGAUAGAGUGCAAAGCAGCCUAAAAGAGAUCAUGGAGGCUGAACGCCGCGUACACGAGGCUUCGCUCGAAUUUGAUCGCCUGACUAAACUUGUUAAAUCUGAAUUCGUCCGCUUUGAGCGUGAGCGAGUUCUUGAAUUCAAGGAGACUCUGGAGAGAUAUUUAAAUGGUUUAAUCGAGAAAGAGAAGGAAAUGAUUGAGGGAUGGGAAGGGUUGCAUAGCGUGGUUGCCAGGAUGAUGGAAAAGAGUCAGGCAGGACAGUCCGUGGGACAACAAAUGUAAUCAGCUAUGUUACGGGUAAUUGUAGAAUUGUGGACAGGCGAUCUUGAACGCAUAGCACGUCCCUCUUCAUUCCAGAUUCUACAUAAAGCGAACCACUUCACUCUUGAGUUCCAGCUCCCCAGUAUCUCUGGGCGUAUUUCCCGAAGACAGAAUUGAUACGUAGCCCUUUAGCAUACGGCUUCAUCUCACUCUCAUUUAAAUUAAGUGUUGGGUCAAGGGUGUUGACGGCAGUGACUAAGGAAGU